AGAACAUGAGGCGGACUGAGGAGAAGUCGAAGACGGUCGGGAGUCACUAGAGACCGCUCCGCCGCCGUCCUACAACUCUCUCCUUCUGUCCUUCAUCCUCAUAUCUCGACCUUUCAAUGGCUUCCAUGUCUCGAGCUUUUCUCACAUCCACUCUCGCCGAGCUGUCACCCAAGCCCCUCCGGCGGCCACCGCCGCGUCCUCCGUUCCCGCACCACCUCCUCAUCCGCCCCCUUCUUCCACCCGCUCCAACCUCCUCUAGGUGGCUCCAUUCAUCUCCCGCCACCGUCUGCUGCCUCGUGUCCGGAGUAGGCGGCGGGGGCGGAGUCUCCGACGACUUCGUUUCCACCAGAAAGUCCGAUUUCAGCCGCGAAUUCGCCGCAAUCGCCAAUAUGCUUAAGAGGAUUCAGCCUCUUGACACUUCGGUGAUUUCUAAAGGCGUUUCUAGCGCUGCCAAGGACUCCAUCAAGCAGGCCAUAACCACUAUGCUAGGGUUGCUGCCAUCGGAUCAGUUCUCUGUUACAAUUCGGGUCUCAAAGAACCCUCUCCAUCGCCUAAUCGUUUCUUCCAUAAUUACAGGGUAUACCUUGUGGAAUGCGGAGUACAGAACGUCGUUGAUGAGGAAUCUUGAAAUUUCAACACACAGUUCAAAGAAUUUGAACUCUGGAUAUGCGAAUGGAGAGUCAUUGGUAAAUGGUGAUGAAGUUAGUAUUCGGGAAAUUCAAAGUGGGGAAGACGGAUCCAAUGCAGUUGCAGGCAUGAUGGGUGUCCAAAAUCUUGGUGAAUUGUCUCCCCUAGCUCGGGAUUACAUCCAACAAUUAGAAAUGGAGCUGCUAGAAGUCAAACAGGAACUUCAUUCUCAGGUGCAGGAAAAUAUGCAGAUGGAUUGUGACAAAAAAAGUAGUAACAAUGAUCUGUUAGAGUACCUGCGCUUGUUGGAACCCGAAAUGGUGAUUGAACUUUCAAAGCCAUCUUCAUGUGAAGUGGAGGAAGUAACCCACGAACUAGCUCAGAACAUACUGCAGUUAUUUUUCAAAGAAGAUAUGGAAGCUGAGCCGGGCGAGAGCAUAUCGUUUGGAGCUUCAACCGAGGAUGAAUCGCGUGUCACAAUAGAAACUUCACGAGAUUACUUGGCAAAGCUACUUUUCUGGUGCAUGUUACUUGGCCAUCACUUGAGAGGCUUGGAAAACAGAUUACAUUUGAGUUGUGCAGUUGGAUUAUUGUGAAAGUAAAGAGAAAUAGUGCAAUUGAAAGGAUGAAGAGUGUGUUCAGGUCGGGCUAGGUGGAGGAGUUUAUGAACGGGACAUCGGAGCAUCCUAUUCGUGCAAUGUCAUAAGAACCGUCCCCUAAAAAUUUAGACUAUGAUGUAACUCGUGAUGUAAAUAUAGAAUUACCUACUUG